ACACCUGUUGCUCGUUACCGUGUAUAUUGUGUCUUGCCUUCCUUGUGUUGUUGUAUCAUUGAGUCUUUCUAACUCUGUCUCUUAUGUUCCCUGUGUCUUCCUGCUUCCAGUGUUCCUUGUGAUUCCUUCUCUUGCUCCCUGUGGUUUCUUUGUGUUUUUUGUUACACCUUUUUGGGGAUUAAGCUUUCUUGGACUGUUCAGAUUGAAACAGAGCAAAAGUUUUGUCAUUUCUUAAAAGAUGGCUUUUUGGACUUUUGUUGCAUUUUGAUGGGACAACUGAAGAGAGAGGUAAUGUGGGGUGUAGAGAGUGAGGAAUGACAUGCAGGAAAGGGUCAAGGACAGAAGUUGAACCAGAGACCACUGUGACUAGGACUUUGCCCUCUGUACAAGGCUGCCCAGGUAUCGUCUAUGUGUGGGAAACACUGGAGGUGCUUCCUCAUCUGCAAAAUCUUCAUCUCUGUACACCUCUAUUCAGCUACAUUUGGAGGCGAUGGAGUGACCUCCAACAAGAGACGUCAAAGGAUGCUGUUUAUAGGACCAACCCUGAAUCCUGAAAGGCCGGUGUGCUGGCUUGUUUCUGUGGACCAGGUCACAAAAAUCUCACAUGCAGGCCUCUGUUGCCUAGUUACAGUGUUUAACCAGUGGGCCAACUUCUGAAAGUCUUCCUGGAUCUUUACUUCUGAUAUCUGGCAAAGAUGUGGCUUCGUGGAACCCUGAAAACUUUGAAUGUGCCAGUAAAAACCUGCAUAUAAUCUCCCUAAGAGGACUGGAAGCUGUGGACUCGGGACGCUCCACUGGAAGUUGCCUGUGACGGCCUGGGGUCAAGGAUGGUCAUCUGUGCUCGUGGCGGGUGUGUGUACCUUGCUGUUCAUCAUUGCUGGGCUGCUGCAGACUGAGACACAAGAGGGAUUUUGUGAGCCGCUUCGCCAAGCAAGACCAUGAUUGACAGCACGGCAAGCUGAGGAGACCUGCCACUCAUCUUUCUAUCAGCGUGUCAGAGGGCUAUCUCCUUCUCCCCUUCCUCUUCCUCUUCCUCCUCCCUCACUCCUCUCUUAUCUUCUCAAUGGGCUGGUGACCUCGCUGACACUCCACAAACCUGAAACCGACAGAAUAACAAGUUUUAGGACUCAGCUCCACCUGAGGGGAGUCUGGCAUGCCUCCUCCCUCCACCUGAGUGAGCUGCUGUAAGAGGAAGAAGACGAAGAAGAGGGAUCCCGUGUUUGUACUCUGUCAGGAAGAGGUACUACUCCCUGAGAAGGACCAGUCAUGCGUUUCCAGUUUGCGUUGACGCUGCAGGCGCUGUGGACUGGCGUUUGCCAGACGGCCAUGCAGCACUACCCUGCAGCGUGGGGUCACUACGAUGUGUGUAAGUCCCAGAUUUACUCUGAUGAAGGCCUGACCUGGGACUACAUGGCCUGCCAGCCUGAGGCAGCAGAUAUGACUCAGUACCUGAAGGUCACUCUGGACCCCCCCAACAUCACCUGUGGAGACCCUCCGGAGACGUACUGUGCUCUGGAGAACCCCUACAUGUGUAAUAAUGAAUGUGACGCCACCACAGAAGAACUCGCCCACCCUCCAGAGCUCAUGUUUGACAUCGAGGGUCGUAACCCCACGACCUUCUGGCAGUCUACAUCCUGGAAGAAGUACCCAAAGGCCCUCCUAGUCAACAUCACACUGUCCUGGAACAAGACCAUCGAGCUGACCGAUGACAUCGUCCUCACCUUCGAGUCAGGCCGGCCCGAGCAGAUGGUUCUAGAAAAGUCUCUGGAUUAUGGACGGAGCUGGCAGCCCUACCAGUUCUACGCCACAGACUGCCUGGACGCCUUCACCAUGGAGCCCAAGACGGUGCAGGACCUGACCCAGCACACCCUGCUGGACAUCAUCUGCACAGAGGACUACUCGCGAGGCUAUGUGUGGAAGUACGAUAAAACAGUUCGUUUUGAGAUCAAGGACCGCUUUGCUCUGUUUGCUGGGCCCCGACUCCACAACAUGGCUUCACUGUAUGGCCAGCUGGACACCACCAAGAACCUGAGGGACUUCUUUACCAUCACAGACCUGAGGAUCCGCCUUCUACGGCCUGCUACAGGAGCUACGAUGGUGGAUGAGAACAACCUGUCCAGAUACUUCUAUGCUAUCUCUGACAUUAAAGUCCAGGGCAGGUGCAAGUGCAACCUUCACGCCAACAGCUGUGUGUUCGACAAAGAGAAGCUGAGCUGCGAGUGUGAACACAACACCACAGGGCCCGACUGCGGCCGCUGUAAGAGGAACUACCAGGGCCGAGCAUGGAGCGCCGGCUCCUACCUGCCCAUCCCCAAGGGCACGGCUAAUAUCUGUAUUCCUAAUAACAUUGGUCCAGUUAUUCGGCCGAAUGUGUCAUCGCUAGGUGUCGCUAACCGAAAAGAAGUAGCUCCUCAGGUUGCAUUGUCCACUGCCCCCUCUGUCCACGUUGCAAACAGCAAGCGAGAGUGUAAUUGUAAUCCCUUUGGCUCAGUCAGUGAUCGCUGUAAUGGCACAGGAUUUUGUAUAUGUAAGGAGGGCACUACAGGGCCCAAGUGUCAGGAGUGUCUGCCCGGAUAUUUGUGGGACGAUGGCUGCAAAUCCCGGGUGUGUGACAACGAGCUCCUUCGCUGCCAAAAUGGUGGCGUGUGCAUCAACAAUGUCCGCUGCAACUGUCCCUCCGCCUACACAGGUCUGCUGUGUGAGAAGCCUCGCUGUGAGACUGAGCUGGGAGGCUGCAGGGGGCCGGACUCGGGCCAGGCCCCCCUGACACCUCCAUCCUCCGCCUGGUUGCUGCUGCUGCUGCUGCUGGGCUCCACGCUGCUGAGAGCGGCCUCCUGCUGAAGAGACCCAGACCUGGUGGGAGUGAUGAACCCCCCACUGCCUCCACCUUUACCUCCCCACCCCUGCCCCCUCCCCUUCGAAUAACCAUCGAACAGAACAUGAGCUUUGGACUGAACUGAACCAAGCUUCUCCGCCGCUGGACUCUAUGGACACUCGCUGACGAAAAGGGAAUGUGCAGACAAAGAGUGCAAAAACUUUAUUUAAUUUAAAGAAUAUAUCAAAUAAAAAAAAACAUAUACUUCUAAAAAUGAGAUAUUAUAAAAAAAAAGAGCUUAAUAAGAGUAAAAUGAGUCCCCUCCCCCUCUAAGCCAUACCUGGUACUGAGCUCCUUCCACUUUUAGGAGGGGAGAUAACAGACUCGCUCACUUCCUCUCUUAUUGCCACGGCAACAAUAGCUGCGACCAAUCAGCGCUCAGGCAGUGGCCGUCGAUCUCCCCCAGGACGCUUCUGCGAGUUCAAGAUGGCUGAACUGACAUCUCAAAGAAAGUACCCCCCCACCCCCCACCCAAGAAACCAGAAACAGUCAAACCCAAACAGAGAGUGUUCUUUGCUGUCAGUGCUUUGUGGAUUGAAGGAAAUCUGUUGGACUGCCUCUUUGUGACACAGACCCCCUUACCCCAGUGUCGACACCCUCCCUCCUCUCUCUAGCUUCUGUCUCACCUCUUCAUCCUCACCUCCUUUCCCUCCCUCCCUCCCCCCCGCCAUGCUGCCACUGACCUGUGCUUUGUGAACGUUACUCUGUAAACCCUUGUUGGUUGAAAGAUUAUUUUGUCCGAUGUUAGUGAUGCACAUGUGUAAGAAGCCCCGCCCCCGUUCCCUCACCUCUUCCUCCCCUCUCCUCCCCCUUCCCUCCUCCUCCUCCUCUCUUCCGGAAAGUUCCUCCGAUAAAUCUGUCUGAUUCUUUUUCUAUCUCAGACCAAACACGCUCUCGCCGUCAUGGUCCGAGGAUAGUGUUCACCCGAGCAGACGAGGAGCGCGUAGAAAACCAUCGGUGUAUUUGCAAGUUCUUUUCUCGACAGAGCAAGAAAAAAAGCAUCAUGUAGUCCUUUUGUAUCUGAACUGUGAUAGAAAACAGCCGACCUUUAAUGUAUCUAUUCAAGACUUCCAGAUGCAGAAGUUUCUUUUCUUUUAUUCUGUUUCUUUCACUUCUUUACUUUGUUGAGAUUACUUUUAGUUGUGCGGUUGAUUUUCCUUUGUAUUGGCAACGUGCUGGCAUCAAAGAAUAUCAGUUUACAUAUACAGUAUUAAUAAAGUGUAAUAAAAAUCCCACCAAAGGACA